UUUUCAGUUUUCUCUCUCUCUGUAUAAAUAAAUAAUAUAAAGGUUUUUAUAUCUCUGAAUUUUGCACUUUAGCGCUCUAUUCAAUCCAUUGUAAACUUCGAAUCAUUAUUCUGUUACUCAGAUUCAGUUACAGUCUGAAUCGGAAUCGGAGUUAGUUACCGAUGACGGUACCGUUAGCGAUGCAGUCCACGCCGGGAAGUUCAGGUUACUUGGAUAUGCAUCCUGACCGUAAGAUGUCCUUUUUCAAGAAUCCUUACAUUCUCGGUCUUGCCGCCGUCGCCGGAAUCGGUGGUCUUCUCUUCGGUUACGAUACCGGUGUUAUAUCUGGAGCUCUUUUGUAUAUUAAAGAUGAUUUUGAAGAAGUCAGAAACAGUAGUUUUCUACAGGAAACAAUUGUUAGCAUGGCAAUUGCUGGUGCAAUUGUUGGUGCAGCAUUUGGUGGUUGGAUUAACGACACUUAUGGAAGAAAGAUGGCCACACUCUUAGCUGACGUUAUCUUCAUUCUUGGAGCAAUUCUCAUGGCCGCCGCACCUGAUCCUUAUGUUCUCAUUGUCGGACGUCUUCUCGUUGGUUUGGGUGUUGGCAUAGCUUCUGUUACUGCUCCUGUCUAUAUUGCAGAGGCAGCACCUUCUGAAAUUAGAGGUUCAUUAGUCAGCACCAAUGUUCUCAUGAUUACUGGUGGACAGUUUAUUUCCUAUCUUGUUAAUCUUGCUUUCACUGAGGUUCCCGGGACAUGGCGAUGGAUGCUUGGUAUUUCAGCUGUGCCUGCAAUUAUUCAGUUUGUUCUCAUGCUCUUCCUCCCCGAAUCCCCAAGAUGGCUAUUUUUAAAGAAUAGGAAAAACGAAGCUGUCGAUGUAAUUUCUAAGAUCUAUGACUUGUCUCGCUUAGAGGAUGAAAUUGACUUCCUAACUGCUCAAUCCGAACAAGAGCGCCAAAGAAGGAGUACUAUCAAAUUCUGGCAUGUUUUCAGAUCAAAAGAAACCAGACUGGCUUUCCUUGUUGGAGGAGGACUAAUGGCUUUUCAGCAGUUUACAGGUAUAAACACGGUCAUGUACUACAGUCCAACAAUUGUUCAAAUGGCUGGCUUCGAGGCCAAUAAGUUGGCUCUUCUUCUGUCCCUCGUUGUUGCUGGCAUGAACGCUGUCGGAACAGUUCUCGGCAUUUACCUUAUUGACAAUACAGGGCGGAAAAAACUUGCCCUUUUCAGUUUGGGAGGAGUAAUUGCUUCCCUUAUACUUUUGUCCCUAGCAUUUUAUAAGCAGUCAUCAUCUUCAAAUGUAGUGUAUGGAUGGCUCGCAGUUAUCGCUCUAGGCCUUUAUAUUGGUUUUUUCUCGCCCGGAAUGGGACCGGUGCCAUGGACUGUGAACUCUGAGAUAUAUCCUGAAGAAUAUCGAGGUAUAUGCGGGGGCAUGGCAGCUACCGUGUGUUGGAUUUCAAACUUGAUUGUGUCGGAGAGCUUUCUUUCAAUUGCUGACGGCAUCGGUGUUGGUCCAACGUUCUUGAUUAUUGCUGGUAUAGCUGUGGUGGCAUUUUUGUUUGUAUUUCUGUAUGUUCCAGAAACCCAAGGAUUGACAUUUGAUGAAGUAGAGUUAAUAUGGAAGGAGAGAGCUUGGGGCAAGAACCCAAUCACACAAAGCCUUCUUGAACAUGGAAGUCAAUCAUAAGUAUUCACAUGAUUAAAUGUCUUGUAUUCCCUCCUAUCACUAUUAAUGUAUUUGAUCUAUAUAGAUCAGAUGCAUUAGUUAUAACAGUGACUGGAGAGAGGGUCAUUUAUUUAAGUAUUUGCUUCAUUCCAUAUGCACAUGCAUCUUGGUUUGAUAUAUUGUUAUAUUUAUGUAUGUGUAUAUGUAUGUAUUGGUAUGUCAGAUUUGUGUACAUUAAAAUUUUGAUAUCAAAUAUGACAUUAUUUUUUUUGUUUU